AUGUCCAGCGGUGCCACCAAAUAUCACACUGGUUUGCACAAUAUCGGAAAGAAUCUCGUGCUGGACAUAUCGAAAACAACACGAAACAAUCCCCAUCCAGAGUCCUCCGUCAAGCGCUUCAACAUGGGAUCAAUACAGGCAGAAGAGAGCCCAACUGUGACACUCCCUCAAGGGACAAUCAUCGGCACCGUAUUGAAAAAGAAUCUAAAUCGAGAAGUGGAUGCAUUUCUUGGUAUCCCAUAUGCUUUGCCUCCUGUAGGAGACCUCCGGUUCAAGCGUCCCGUCAAGGUCUCUCCAUCGUCAAAGGUAAUACAUGCCACCGAGUAUGGGCCAGCAGGACCAGGAAAGCAGCUUCUUCCGGGCUUGAAGUACUCGUACAGCGAGGACUGCUUGACCGUAAAUGUGUUCCGUCAGAGUUCAUCGUCUAGUUCUCCUGGCCUGUUACCUGUUUUGGUUUACGUCCAUGGAGGCGCAUUCAAUCGUGGCAGUUCGGCGAUGCACAAUACCGCUUCCAUGAUCUCUUGGUCAGAGCAGCCCUUCGUCGCUGUUUCGUUCAAUUACAGGAUUGGGUCCUUGGGAUUUCUCCCCUGCAGCUUGAGUGAGAAGGAAGGAGUUCUCAAUUUGGGCUUGAGAGAUCAAGAACUAUUAUUCGAGUGGGUGCAAGAAAACAUUGCGGCAUUUGGAGGUGAUAAAUCCAACAUCACGCUGUCAGGAUUAUCGGCUGGAGCACAUUCGAUAGGCCAUCAUAUGAUGAAGCACACUGAGGAUAAUCCUGGCCCAUUUCAUCGAGUCAUCAUCGAGUCGGGUUCACCAACGUCAAGAGCUGUGCGAAGAUACGAUGCCGCCAUCCAUGAGCAACAAUUCAAGGACUACCUGAAAGAAACCGGCUGUCCAGCCGACACUCCUGAAGAUCAGAUCUUUCCUUUCUUGAGGUCACUACCCCUCGAGGUCAUCACGCGAGCGCAAGACGCCGUCUUCGACAAAUACAAUCCAUCAUUGAGAUGGGCAUUCCAGCCCGUCAUCGACGGCGACAUCAUCCCACGCGCACCGCUCGAGACCUGGAAACUCGGCAACUACUACAAAAUCCCCAUCAUGACAGGCUUCUGCCACAACGAAGGGUCUCUCUACGUCAACAAGCAAAUGUCGUCAGCUGAAGAAUUCACGCAGUUCUUCCAAACCCUCCUGCCAACACUUCCAGCCCAGGACAUCGACACCAUCAACAAACUCUACCCGGAUCCGGACUCCACCAACGACACAACCUACAAAGUCCCCAGCGCCAUCAAGGGCGUCGGAUCACAGUACAGUCGCAUCGAAGCCGCAUACGCACACUACGCGUACGCCGCGCCGGUCCGACAGACGGCACACCUGGCGUCAUCCAACCGCGCCUCCCCGCCCACAUACCUCUACCACUGGACGCCUCUCACGACCGUCGUCGGCGGCGCCAGCCACGGCGACAACAUGCGGUACGAGACGUGCAACCCGGACGUGGUGUCGCGCUCCAAGAACCAGCGCAACCUCGCCGGCAGCCUGCACGCGUACAUGACGAGCUUCAUCUGCAACCGAGGCGACCCGAACGCGCUGGCGGGUGAAUGGCGCGACCGCCCCACGUGGCAACCGUACCUGCAUGAUGAGCCCAAGACCAUGCUGUUCGGCGCCGGAAACGAAGAGCUCAUCGGUGGUGGCGACGGUGUUGCGGCGCAGAUGUCCCGGGACCUGUGGGCCGAGGAACAGUGCCAUUUCUGGUGGGACAAGGUCGAGCUGUCCCAGCAGUGA